AUGUCGUACUGCUUGGCCGGGGGAGGCGCGGCCACCGCCGCCUUCCCAAAGGAAGGGAAAGUCGCUCCCAAAUGUUCCAGCACGGCCCGGAAUUCCAGCGCAGCGGGGCGCCUGCAGCCCAGCGCUCCCCUGCGGGGCGUUGUGGCCUCAUGGCCGCUGCGAUCCCCCUGUCACCCCCCAAGACAGGGCUGUGAGUUCUUCAAGUUCAAGGGCUUCGGGAGCCUGAGCAGCAUCCCGCGAGGCUUCGCGCUGCGGCGCGUGUCCGUGGCCACCUUCCUGGAGGAGCCCCCGGCCAGCGCGCGGGAUGACCUGCACGCCAUGGCCAAGAGCCCCGCGCCAGACGCGCGCUCGUGCGACAUGUACAGCCACAUGGGCACCAUGCCCAGGCUCAGCGCGGGCAAGGCGGCCAAGAGCCCGGGCAAGGCCAAGAGCUCCCAGAGCGUCCAGGAGCAGCUUGGCCUGGGGAAGCAGAGCGGGAUGUGCCGGGUGCCGGGCAGACGCCCCGGCCGCGGGGACGGGCAGCACCGCGGGGAUGGCAGCAGGGCCAUGUCUGCAGCCACAGCCCGUCGGGCCCGGGAUUUCGGCUCCCACGACAGCCUGGAGUCCGGCAGCGAAUACGUCAAGUUCUCCAAGGAGAAAUACAUCCUCGACUCAUCCCCGGAGAAGCUGCACAAGGAGCUGGAGGAGGAGCUGAAGCUGAGCAGCAGCGACCUGCGCAGCCACGCGUGGUACCACGGCCGCAUCCCCCGCGAGGUGUCGGAGAGCCUGGUGCAGCGAAACGGUGACUUCCUCAUCCGCGACUCGCUCACCAGCCUGGGCGACUACGUGCUGACGUGCCGCUGGCGCAACGAGCCCCUGCACUUCAAGAUCAACAAGGUGACGGUGAAGUCCAGCGACAGCCGCACGCGCAUCCAGUACCUCUUCGAGCAGGAGAGCUUCGACAAUGUGCCCGCCCUCGUCCGCUUCUACGUGGGCAACCGCCGGGCCGUCUCCGAGCAGAGCGGGGCCAUCGUCUACUGCCCCAUCAACCGCACCUUCCCGCUGCGCUACCUGGAAGCCAGCUAUGGACUCAGCACCGGGAAGCACGGCGGCGCCCACAGCCCCACCACGCAGAAAGGGGGGCACAUAAAGCGCAGGAGCAUCACCAUGACGGACGGCCUCACGGCGGACAAGAUCACCAGGGCCGAGGGCUGCCCGACCAGCCCCUGCCACGGCUACGCGCGCGCCUCCCCCUCGCCCUCCGUGAACAGCUACAGCGACCCGGACACGGGCCACUACUGCCAGCUGCACCCCGGCUCGCCCGGCAGCAGAGAACGGCCAACUCAGGACGCCAAGCAGCUCCCUGCAAAGAGCUACGUGGAGAGGCUAAAGGUGGAGGAAGGGCAGAGAGGGACUGUGGAGAGCGGCCCCGGCGAGGCGGAGGCCGGGCAGCGCCUCAAGGGAGAGCUGGACUUGAGGGCCUUCGUGCCCCCCGCCACGGAGACGAGCUCGGCCUUCAACCCCGCGGCCUUCCGCUCGCUGCUCAUCCCGCUGGAGAACAAGCCCCUGGAGAUGGCCGUGCUCAAGAAGGUCAAGGAGCUGCUGGCAGAGGUGGACGCCAAGACCCUGGCCAAGCACAUCACCAAGGUGGACUGCCAGGUCGCUAGGAUACUGGGGGUUACCACGGAGAUGCAGCGGCUCAUGGGGGUGAGCUCCGGCAUGGAGCUGCUCACCCUGCCCCACGGCCACCAGCUGCGGCUCGACCUGCUGGAACGGUUUCACACCAUGUCCAUCAUGAUCGCCGUGGACAUCCUGGGCUGCACGGGCAGCACGGAGGAGCGGGCGGCCCUGCUGCACAAGAGCAUCCAGCUGGCUGCCGAGCUCAAGAGCACCAUGGGCAACAUGUUCAGCUUUGCCGCCGUCAUGAACGCCCUGGAAAUGGCGCAGGUACCGGGACGCUCGGGGCAGCUCGAGACCCCCCACCCCUCUCCCAGCCAGAGCCAGGUGCCCUCAGAGGGCAGCCGAGGUCACUGCCGGGUGCCCAACAGGGCCAAUGGGCCUGGCAGCGGCCUCGGCUGCCCUCCCUUCCCCAAGAAGCGUUUCAUAACUAACUGA